CUUAGUUUCAAGAGCUUCACAAUUAGCGAUGCCCAGUGAUGAAAGACAUCUUUCUCUCUUGGCUGACAAGAAUGGCCCUGGUGGGCCAGAAUCGCAGUCUCUCCUUUCCGAGUCACCCUCGCAAGACCACGAGCUUGUAACCCAUGCAGCCCCGGCUAGCUCGACUCCCCGCGGACAGCCGCACCAGUCUUCUAUAUCUCAGCCAGCACCAGACGGACAACGCCGAACUCCACGUACGCUGAACCGUGUUCGAUUCGAUCUCGAUGACGAUACCGAAGACGAGCGCCACUCCAAUGGCCACUCCCGCGACUCAGAAGACUCAUGGCUGGAGGAAGAGGACUAUGGCCGCGUGGACCGCAAUCGGUCAGCAAGGCAAAUGAUCCCUCUCCUGACAGACAUAGAGGCCCCGAGCGUGACCCUGGCUACUUCUGAUGAAUUCUUUCCCGAAGAACACUUAGAAAAUGCGAGACCAAGGAGCGGGAUGCGCAUGGCGUUCAUGAACAUGGCCAAUAGCAUCAUUGGAGCUGGUAUAAUAGGGCAGCCUUACGCACUUCGGCAGGCUGGCAUGAUGAUGGGAAUAGUGCUCCUGGUUGUUCUCACUAUUGCGGUGGAUUGGACUAUUCGUCUCAUAGUAGUCAACUCGAAAUUGAGCGGCGCGGAUUCUUUCCAGGCGACAAUGCAGCAUUGUUUUGGCAAGAGUGGACUCAUCGCCAUUUCGGUUGCUCAGUGGGCGUUUGCGUUUGGUGGAAUGAUCGCAUUCUGUAUCAUUGUUGGAGAUACCAUACCGCAUGUGUUGAGCGCAUUAUUCCCUUCUCUUCGAGAGAUGUCGUUCCUGUGGCUCUUGACUGAUAGAAGAGCCAUCAUCGUUCUUCUUGUUCUCGGGAUUUCGUAUCCACUGUCUCUGUAUCGGGACAUUGCCAAGUUGGCGAAGGCGUCUACGCUGGCGUUGAUCAGUAUGAUAGUUAUCGUGGUAGCUGUGAUUACUCAGGGGUUUCGUGUACCCCCAGAUUCACGCGGGGAAGUGAAGAGCCUACUCUUGUUUAAUAAUGGGUUCUUUCAGGCUGUGGGAGUCAUAUCGUUCGCAUUCGUAUGCCACCACAAUAGCCUCCUGAUAUACGGUUCACUGAAGAAACCGACCAUGGACCGAUUUGCAAGGGUGACCCAUUACUCGACCGCUGUCUCGCUUCUGAUGUGUCUAACCAUGGGCAUUUCUGGAUUCCUUUUCUUUGGAUCGCAGACACAAGGUAACGUUCUUAACAAUUUCCCAUCAGAUAAUAUACUGGUUAAUAUAGCUCGACUAUGCUUUGGCUUGAACAUGCUUACCACCUUACCGCUCGAGGCUUUUGUAUGUCGGUCAGUUAUGACAACUUAUUACUUCCCCGACGAGCCGUUCAACAUGAAUCGACACCUAAUCUUCACGACCGCACUGGUUGUGACGGCUCUGGCAAUGGCCUUGAUAACCUGCGAUCUCGGUGCAGUGUUCGAACUGAUAGGCGCGACUAGUGCUGCAGCGCUGGCCUAUAUCUUCCCUCCUCUUUGCUAUAUAAAGCUGAGUAAUGCGUCGCACAAAGCGAAGAUUCCCGCAUACGCGUGCAUUGUUUUUGGCGUAACCGUAAUGGGAGUCAGUCUGUUGCAAGCAGUGAUGAAGAUGAUAAGCAGUGAAGGUGGCGCGAGCACUUGCAGUGCCUAGUGAGAGAACUCUAUAUCUAGUGUGCAACUACUUGUAUGCUUACUUCCUAUACGAUAGACUUCUUUUCUUCCUGGCUACCUCGAUACAGAUGUACAUACAAUCGUGCUGCCGGCACAUUUUUCUCAACUAUCCUUUUUAUUCUCUAUCCUUUUCUCGUAUCUCCCCCUUUUUUUUUCGGAUGGUUUCCAAUGUUACUAGGACAGCUGGUGUUCAAAUCCACCUACAAAAGCGCAGAACCCCUGGCCAAAGCCCAAUAGUUCCGAACCCGAGAGUGUGUUGGCUGGCGCCUUCAUUUUAACUCACUGAGAAAAGG